AGCUCCUUGAGGAGGAGACAAACAUGAAGAUGCACUACGCAACCUGCUUUCUCGUUGCUCUAGCGAUUACCGUCCAGUCAGGGCCAAUACCAAGGCAAGAAGAGAAAGAUCAUGUCCUUGCGGAGGCUUACCUGAAGAAAUUCUACAACCUCACUUCAUCCACUAAUAAAGGAAGGUUCGGUGACAUGGGUCUCAAGCUAGCCGAGAUGCAGAAGUUCUUUGGUCUCACUGUGACAGGGACGCUGGACUCCAAAACGCUGGAGGUGAUGAAGAAGCCCCGCUGUGGCGUUGUGGACGUGGCUGCGUACUCCACAUUCGGUGCGGACACCAAAUGGCAAAAGAACCAGCUGACCUACAGGAUUGAGAAUUACACUCCCGACAUGUCUGCGGCUGAAGUGGACGACUCUAUUGCGAGAGCGCUGCAAGUCUGGGCUCGUGUCACUCCUCUGAGGUUCACCCGCAUCAACAGCGGUGUAGCUGAUAUCAUGAUUUCCUUCGGGAGAGCGUCUCACGGCGAUGCCUACCCAUUCGAUGGACCGUCCGGCACUCUGGCUCAUGCUUUUGCACCGUCUCCGGGCAUUGGUGGAGACGCCCAUUUUGAUGAAGACGAAACCUUCACCUUCGCUUCCACUAGUGGAUUUGUUUUGUUCCUGGUGGCUGCCCAUGAGUUUGGUCACUCUUUGGGCCUGUCUCACUCCAACGACCCCGGUGCGCUCAUGUACCCUACGUACAGCUACAGAGACCCAAAGACAUUUGUUCUGCCUGCAGAUGAUGUCAAAGGCAUUCAGUCUCUCUACGGCCCCAACACAGAAAAGCCUGUCGAGCCCAGUAAACCCAAUCCCCCUCCAGUCACCCCAAGUGCCUGUGACCGCACCCUGGUCAUUGACGCUGUGGGAACUCUGCGUGGAGAGAGGCUUUUCUUCAAGGACAAAUUCUUCUGGCGCUCAUACGGGACCAACACGAUCCAGCAGGAGUUGAUCAAGGGCUUCUGGCCCGAGGCUCCAGAUAACAUCGAUGCUGCAUUUGAGAACACUGUGCAAGACAGGCUCUUUCUCAUCAAAGAUCAGAAAGUCUGGGCUUUCAGUGCUUACGACCUUGUGAGUGGAUUUCCCAAAAGUCUGAGCAGCAUGGGUGUGCCGGCCAAGGUGAAGAAGGUCAGCGCUGCGCUUUACGACCAAAACACUGGCAAGACCUUGUACUUCGUGGACAACAAUUACUACAGUUAUGAUGAAAACAAGAAGAAGAUGGACGCCGGAUUCCCCAAACCGAUCGAACAAAGCUUCCCAGGGGUCACUGGGAAAAUCACUGCUGCCUUCCAGUACAAGGGCUUUACCUACUUUUUCAGUGGAACCCAAAUUUUUGAGUACAGCACCUCAUCCAAGAAGGUGUUGCGUACGCUUGAGAAUUCCUACUUCUUAAAGUGCUAAGGGUUCUUUCUUUCUUUCUUUCUUUCUUUCUUUUUUUCUUUUUUUGGCCCUGGGUUGUGGACAAGUCUCACCUGUUCAUAUAAAGAACUACACUUAUUUAUAGUUUAUUGUAUUUUUAUUUAUCUACUAUGUUAUGUUAAAAUCCUUUAUCAUAUAUACUGUAAAAAUCACAAUCUUGUUUGUAAUGAAAAAUAAAGACUGCAUUGGAAAAA